AUGGAAAUUAAGAUCAACAAGCGGCUUACUUCAUGUGUGGCGUACUCCAAACGACUCUCCUCGAAGCUUGGCUACAACGAGAUUUCCUGCAGUCUGACACGUGUCCUUCAUGACCUUGCAACGCCAAAAUGGUGUGAUGACAGGAGGCGCAUCAAUUUGUUUCAGUCUCUGGGGUUUGAGGAUGAGAGCAAUUGUUGGAUCCCAACGCCAUCAGUGACGACGGACGACAACUCGACCCAAGGAGUUGCUCCAAACAAGGCCCAAAGCUCACAGACUGAUGAAAAGAGUUAUACGGAGACGGAGAUUCGUGCAUGGACGGACUCCAUCGUGAAGUCUGCUCACGCAUCUAUCGCUGACUUAACAGGAAAGUUGAUGGCCCUGGAGCAGCAACUGGAAGCACCGACUCUUUCUGCCAAGCAGUCCAUCGCAUAUCUGGAAGAGAAACAGAGAGGGAUGGAGCAGGCAUGGGCAAGUACUUUUUCGGUGGGACCUUCUCUGCAUGCAAGGGAAACCAAUUUCAGGGAGGAGGAAAUAUCUUUGCCACCCCAGCCACGGUCCGAGCAUGUGGAUGUGCCCAGAACAGCAGGAUCUUCUUUGCAGGACUUGAAGGCGGCUCAUGCUGCCCGCAGGCGGAUGCAGAAACAACAACGAAGAGAUGAUCGCAUCACAGCGAGUCUUGCAGAGACGCAGGAGACGCUGUAG